GGACAAGAACGAGCAAAUAGAGGAGCUGGUUGAAACAACGUCUCAUUCACCUUGCAUUCCAUCAUUCAUAACAUCGGCGCUCCUGUUCCGAUAAUUCACUUUGCUUUAGCAGCUACCGACAAUGAGUCCUUCCACGUUGCCCGUCCCUCAACGUAUUUUGUCGCAGAACAUCCUGCCGGUCCCGGCUCACCAUAAUGAACCCGUUGUGGAGACUACGGUCCAAGAGAUAGAUGUGGCAGACGUGGCGGGGUUUGGUGGCAUGCUGAGGAGAGGCGCCGUGGCCAACAGCGUGUUUCCAGCUGAAAAUGACGGCUUACUCGAUGAUGGCGCCAAACCUGGCUCCGGCAUUGUAUAUCCGGGCGGAACGACUGUGUACUAUCUCGACCUGGCUCCUGGCAGCAAGACACCCAUGCACCGGACAGUCUCUGCCGACUACAUGAUUGUGCUCGCGGGAAGCCCAACCUUGGUCGCACCCAAGGGCGCGUUCAGUGUUAUCGGUGGCAAGGCGACUUAUACCGAAACUGUUGACACCGUCGUCCCGCAGGGGUCGACUGUGGUUCAGAGAGGACAGUUCCAUGCCUGGGAGAAUCGCACCGAAGACUGGGUGCGCUUUGUCGCCGUCGUGGUCGAUGCGCAGCCACAGGUCGUGGUCACAGAGUCCGGCAAGGCAACCCUGGGAGAAGCCUGGCUGUAACUUAGCAUAUCUGUGAUGACAUUUGACUGGAUCGAUUUAGUCUAUGCACGAGUCCUCUUGCGCCCGCGCGACCAUCACUACGCCCGACUCGGGAGAAUGCAUCAACACUUCAUCUGCUAUUUCUUGACCGUAUGAGGCAGCUCCUUCCCAUCGCCUUCCAAUUCCUUUUCCCAAAAUUAUUGCUAGUUAGAGACAUGUAUGUUAUCGCCAGACAAUAAACUCCACUCCC